AUGCGUCAGGGUAACCCAUACGGAGCGGACGGCGUCGAGGAGGAGCCGGGUGCCGACGGCCUUGCAUGUCGUGGCCCCUUUGCUUCUGUCUGCGGCUCUUUAGGUGGCAGAAAGGGGAGCCUCCUGGGCCCACGGCUACAUCUGACGAGCUUCGAAGCCCACGGGACGUGGUGGAGCAGUGGAGGAAUUUUUGAAUCCAUCGAAAGUGGUCCUUCGGGUGCAGAGGAGCUGGCCUUUAAAUUUGCUUUAAAUACGAUCAACAGGAACAGAACUCUACUGCCAAACACAACACUGACGUACGACAUCCAAAGGAUAAACAUUUAUGACAGUUUUGAAGCUUCAAGAAAAGCCUGUGACCAGCUAUCCCUAGGCGUGGCGGCUAUCUUUGGCCCCUCCCACAGCUCAUCAGCCAACGCCGUCCAGUCCAUCUGCAACGCACUGGGGGUGCCUCACAUCCAGACCAAAUGGAAGCACCAAGUGUCUGACAACAGGGACUCCUUCUACGUCAGCCUUUACCCUGACUUCUCGUCCCUUAGCCGGGCUAUCCUUGACCUGGUUCACUUCUUCAAGUGGAGGACGGUGACUGUGGUGUAUGAUGACAGCACAGGGCUCAUUCGGCUUCAAGAGCUCAUCAAGGCCCCGUCUCGCUACAACAUCCGCCUGAAGAUCCGGCAGUUGCCAGUGGAGACGAAGGAUGCCAAGCCGCUGCUGAAGGAGAUGAAGCGCGGGAAGGAGUUCCACGUGAUCUUUGACUGUGGCCACGAGAUGGCAGCUGGAAUUCUCAAACAAGCGCUGGCCAUGGGCAUGAUGACGGAGUAUUACCACUACAUCUUUACAACGCUGGACCUCUUUGCUCUGGAUGUGGAGCCGUACCGCUACAGCGGGGUCAACAUGACCGGCUUCCGCAUCCUCAACACGGAGAACGCCCAGGUGUCCUCCAUCAUUGAGAAGUGGUCCAUGGAGCGGCUCCAGGCUCCACCCAAACCCGACUCUGGCCUGCUGGAUGGCUUCAUGACGACGGACGCGGCCCUCAUGUAUGACGCCGUACACGUGGUGGCUGUGGCAGUCCAGCAGUCCCAGCAGAUCACGGUCAGCUCCCUGCAGUGCAACCGCCACAAGCCCUGGCGCUUCGGCAACCGCUUCAUGGCCCUGAUCAAGGAGGCACACUGGGAGGGUUUGACCGGCCGAAUAACAUUCAAUAAAACCAAUGGCCUGAGGACUGACUUUGACUUGGAUGUGAUCAGCCUGAAGGAGGAAGGCCUUGAAAAGAUUGGCACAUGGGACCCACCAAGUGGCCUAAACAUAACAGAGAACCAGAAGGGCAAGCUGACCAACGUCAAUGACUCCAUGUCCAACAGGACCUUGGUUGUCUCCACCAUUCUGGAGGAGCCCUACGUGAUGUUCAAGAAGUCAGACAAGCCCUUGUAUGGCAAUGAUCGCUUCGAGGGUUACUGCAUCGACCUACUGCGUGAGCUGGCUCAAAUCCUGGGCUUCAACUACGAGGUGCAGCUGGUGGAGGACGGCAAGUACGGAGCGCAGGAGGAGACCACUGGCCAGUGGAAUGGCAUGGUCAGGGAGCUCAUGGACCACAAAGCUGACCUGGCGGUGGCUCCUCUUGCCAUCACCUAUGUGCGGGAGAAGGUCAUCGACUUCUCCAAGCCUUUCAUGACGCUGGGGAUAAGUAUUUUGUACCGGAAGCCCAACGGUACAAACCCCGGGGUUUUCUCCUUCCUCAACCCGCUCUCGCCCGAUAUCUGGAUGUAUAUUCUGCUGGCUUACUUGGGUGUCAGUUGUGUGCUGUUUGUCAUAGCCAGGUUUAGCCCCUAUGAGUGGUAUAAUCCUCAUCCAUGCAACCCCGACUCUGACGUGGUGGAAAACAAUUUCACGUUGCUAAAUAGUUUCUGGUUCGGAGUUGGAGCUCUCAUGCAGCAAGGUUCAGAGCUGAUGCCCAAAGCCCUCUCCACCCGGAUAGUGGGUGGCAUCUGGUGGUUUUUCACGCUCAUCAUCAUUUCUUCCUACACCGCUAACCUCGCAGCCUUCCUCACUGUGGAGCGCAUGGAGUCGCCCAUUGACUCGGCUGACGACCUUGCCAAGCAGACCAAGAUCGAGUACGGUGUGGUGGAGGACGGCUCUACCAUGACCUUCUUCAAGAAAACAAAGAUAUCCACUUACGACAAGAUGUGGGAGUUCAUGAGCAGCCGGAGGCAUUCUGUGAUGGUGAAGAGCGUGGAGGAAGGCAUCCAGAGGGUGCUGACCUCCGACUAUGCCUUCCUUAUGGAGUCCACCACCAUCGAGUUUGUCACGCAGCGCAACUGCAACCUGACGCAGAUCGGCGGCCUCAUCGACUCCAAGGCCUACGGGGUCGGCACACCCAUGGGCUCUCCGUACCGGGACAAGAUCACCAUCGCCAUCCUGCAGCUGCAGGAGGAGGGCAAGCUGCACAUGAUGAAGGAGAAGUGGUGGAGAGGCAAUGGCUGCCCAGAGGAGGAGAGCAAAGAGGCCAGCGCCCUAGGCGUGCAGAACAUCGGCGGCAUCUUCAUUGUGCUGGCCGCUGGCCUCGUCCUCUCUGUGUUUGUGGCCGUGGGCGAGUUCUUAUAUAAGUCCAAACAAAAUGCACAACUUGAAAAGAGGUCCUUCUGCAGUGCCAUGGUGGACGAGCUGCGCGUGUCGCUCAAGUGCCAGCGGCGACUCAAACACAAGCCCCAGGCCCCGGUGAUGGUCAAGACCGAAGAAGUCAUCAAUAUGCACACGUUCAAUGACAGAAGACUACCCGGCAAGGAAACCAUGGCAUAAACUACAGCAGUGAUGAUAACGAAAAGGAACGCCAUCUUCGUUUUUGUUCAUUGGUGGAGAUGAUGGGGGAACGGUCUGAUGAGGGAGGGUGGGUUUGCGGGUGGGUGUAGGCGACCAACUGAAAGUGGCGGGGGGCAGGGUCUGAAUUUGGGAUCGGGAAACAGGCGGAUGCCCGGAGCACAGACUGUCAUCAUUGUUCAAAACAAUUUGCCAGAAAAAAAAAUGUUUCCUGUGGAAAUACAUGAACCCGGGCAAAAUCCAGUGAGUUACCUCAUAGAAUCUGAUACGUGGAGGAGGACUGCUACAAAAUUCAGAAAUUAAAAUGUUAAAAAACCAAACAUGAACGAACUGGGGCGGAGCAAGGUGGAGGGGAGGUAUGCCUGUGUUUGGGUUCUGCAGAUAUAGUUUGCGCUUAACUGUCCAUGUUAUUGGAGUGUUUCGGUGUAAAUCAGAGACUGUUCUCUAGACAUGAACGUAUACAGUAUUGCCCAGAGAAUAUGCAUCACACACAUGCAGUAUAAACCGGGAGAAAGCAGCUAAUGUACAGCCUGCAAAAGGGAUACGUUUUAUUUUUUCUUUUUUAUUGUCAUAAUUUCAGUAUGUUUUAUAACCUUUAUAAGAAAAAAAUUAGCAGAAUGGAAAACAUGGCUCCAAAUACACGUCCGGGCCGAGUCAACGCGCCGCCGGAGACCAAAAAGAAAGAGAACCUUUUCUUGGGAAGAUAAUAUUAAGCUGUCAGAAUUCUUCAAUAUGAAGAGUAAAUGUAAUAUUCUAGCGGCAAUAAGUUGUUUUUUUCCCCCUCUCGGAUUUAUUCAUAUUUCUAGCAAGUUACUUAAUGUACCGAUUGGCAGCCAUGUGUCUAUAAGAAUGUUUAUUUCUCAUCUUUAGUAGAAGAGAAUCUUGCCAUUCUUAGGAUUACACAGAAAUAGUGAGCUUCACCCAAAGAUGCUGGGGCCUGUAUACACCCUGACCCCCCCAUCCCCAUCUGUGCUUUACCAGAAUGUAGACCCUGGGGGGUAAGACCGCCAAAAUAAUACUCACACUUACUUUAAGCAGGACAAUUCUAUUUAUACUGUUAUUUAUUAUUUUAAUGUAUACAUUUGUUUAUUUGUCAUGUCAUGAAAUCCAUCAAGACAGCCAUGAGGAUUGAUCUUGCUCAGAAUUCUUGCAAGUUUUAUUUUCAUUUCCGUUCUUCUUUGUAGUCUUUUUUGUUCUUUUAGUUUUAUUAUUAGUUUUUAAUCUGUUAUAGGCGAAAUCUUUACUUUCUUGUGGAUACAAACGUUUUUUGUACGAAGAAAAACAAAGACUAUUUUGUAGUCAUUUUUAUUAACCAAGCCAGGGGGUGUCAUGUCGGGGGGGGUCGGCAAACCCCGACACUCCCCGGGCGCUCUGCGGCUGUCUGAGCGUGACCCACUCCUUGACAGGUGUCCAUGGCAACCCGAAAACACUCUCCGAGUGUGCACGGUCCUUCGCUAAGUGUGGGGGCUUCAGCAUGCCUGGUGGUGCAGAAGUGACACGUGUUUUCGAGAAUAAACUAUUUUUUAUCAUUUAAAGGAAUCACAUUUAAAGAAAAUAUUUUUACUUCAAGUAAAACCAGAAUGGACAAACAAAAUAUAUAUGAAGAAUAAAAGUAAGACUGCCAGUAUUGCUUAUCAUUCUACGA